CUCAGUCACUCCCAUUUUAGGCCUUCACGUUAUCCUUCCACUACCCAAUAACAAAAUACACACAGAAACCAACCCCCACCGACAAAACAAAGAUGCGCCACGCGCCGCCACUCACCAUCCUCGCGCUCUCUCUCUUCCUCCUCGUCUUCUCUCCCUCCGUCAGCGCGCAUAACAUCACGCGCAUACUCGCCAAACACCCUCAGUUCUCAACAUUCAACCACUACCUGACGGCGACGCACCUAGCCUCCGAGAUCAAUCGGCGGUUGACCAUCACAGUCCUUGCUUUGGACAAUUCUGCAAUGUCGCUCCUCCUGGCGAAGCAGUACUCAAUCUACACUCUACGUAACAUUCUCUCUCUCCAUGUUGUGGCCGACUACUUCGGCGCUAGGAAGCUGCAUCAGAUCAGCGGCGGCAGCACCCUGACUUCCACUUUGUUCCAGGCUACCGGCUCCGCUUCCGGAACCUCAGGCUACAUCAAUAUCACUGACCUUAAAGGUGGGAGAGUGGCUUUCGGUGCUGAAGAUAACAAUGGGAAGCUCGAUUCUCUCUUUGUCAAGUCUUUGGUUGAGAUGCCUUACAACAUUUCCGUACUACAGAUCAGUCAGUCCCUGAGUUCGCCUGAAGCCGAGGCGCCGACAGGAGGGCCAAGCGAUGUGAACGCGACAGCCAUCAUGCUGAAACAAGGCUGCAAAACCUUCGCCAAUUUGUUGAUUGACACCGGAGCCGACACGACUUUCCAGGAAAACGUUGACGGAGGACUAACGGUGUUCUGUCCCACCGACGAGGUUCUAGACAGUUUCAUGCCCAGAUACAAGAACUUGACGGGUCCCCAUAAGGUGGCUUUACUCUUGUAUCACGGCGUUCCCGUUUACCAGUCUCUGCAGACACUGAGGUCGAGUAACGGAAUCAUAAACACCCUGGCAACCGACGGCGCCAGCAAGUUUGACUUCACCGUGCAAAACGACGGCGAGGACGUGAUGUUGAAGACCAAGGUUGUGACGGCCAAGAUAUUGGGAACGUUGAAGGAUGAGGAGCCGUUAAUCGUCUUCAAGAUCAACAAGGUUUUGUUACCGAGGGAGUUAUUCAAGACUGCGCCGGAGGAGGAUGAGGCGCCGGCGCCUAAGAAGGCUCCAGGGAAGAAGCAUAAACACGCGGCGGCUUCUUCCGAUGACGAAGCUAAGUCACCGGAAGCCGAUGGACCCACGGACGAAUCCGCUGAUUCGACGGCCGACGAUACGGACGAAAACGGAGUGGCGAGAUUGGAGGGUGGAAGAUUGGUGAUGGCACUUUUGAGUUUGUGCGUAGGGGUGCUGUCGAUGUGUUGAGAAGGUCAGAUGGGUUGGUGACACGUGGCACGCUGUAACAGCCUGUCGUUCCACUUAUUGCCCGCUUUACAACUUUGUAAACAGUAAUUUAAAUAUUUCUGGUGGACAGUUGUCAUUGGAGUC